AUGUUCCUCCAGAGUCGUGCAGCUCAUACCAUUCAAUCUCAUGCAGUGACGAAGGAGCCUCUGCCGAUUGCCUCUGGCUUAUCUGCCUUGCCCAACAAGAUGUUGGGAAGAUCGUUGCUGAUCGCCACCAUAUCUUCCAAGAGUUACCUUCUAGUUCCUUGUCUGAAGCUCCUAUCCUUUCUUUCGAAGCCGGGUGGAAGCCGCCUCCUUAGCGUGGACAAGAAUCCAUUUAUCCACGCCAUCUUGAGAAAGACAUUCUACGAUCAGUUUUGCGCUGGAGAAACUCGAAAGGAUACAGUUUCGACCAUCAAAGGUCUAAAGGAUAUGGGAUUUCGAGGAGUGAUCAUGACUUUUGCAAAGGAGACUGUCUUUGAUCAUCGAACCAAGACAGAACAUGGUGUUGGAGAAGCGUUGUUGAUCAAUAAAGAGAAAGGACUGCCAGUGGAAUCUGUCAACACGCAGAAUGCCGACAUCGAUACAUGGAGAAAGGGCACGCUGGAAACGAUAGAUCUGCUGGAGGGUACCGACUAUCUAGCAGUCAAAUUGACCGGAGCCGGACCUACAGUGACAGCAGCCUUUGCCGACCAGAUACCUCUACCAAAGCAGAUGACCGACGCCCUUGAUGAAAUCGCGACCAAGUGUCAACAGCGAGACGUUCGUAUCUUGGUUGACGCUGAGUCCCAGAGAUUCCAGUGGGGAAUCUUGGACACCACACUCAACCUGAUGCGAAAGUUCAACAGGUCAGACCGCGCUAUCAUCUACAACACCUAUCAAGCAUACCUCAAGUCAACCGCCUCGACAAUCCAGAAACACAUGGAGGCAGCGAGCAAAGAAAACUUCACCCUUGGUCUCAAGCUCGUCAGAGGAGCUUACAUCAAUUCUGAUGAACGAUCUCUCAUUCAUGAUACCAAGGAAGACACUGAUAGCGCCUACAACACCAUUGCCCUUGGAGCAUUGAAACAAGAAAUCGGAAAGUAUGGAGGUGAUGGUCUUCCAUUCCCCAAGGUAAACUUGUUUUUAGCCUCUCACAACAAACCGAGUGUGCUCGCUGCUCAUGCUCUGCACCAAAGCCGGAUCCAAGUCGGUCUGCCCACUGUCCCAGUUGGCUUCGGACAGCUGCAAGGCAUGUCUGACGAAGUCAGCUUUGGCCUUCUUGCUUUGAAGCAAAAGGAUGGCCAGACGCCAGAAGUCUACAAGUGUUCAACAUGGGGAAGUAUGAGCGAAUGUUUGGCAUAUCUUCUGAGGAGAGCUGUGGAGAACAGGGAUGCUGUUUCAAGGACUGGAGAUGAGUUAAAUGCUUUGAGGAGCGAGGCUUGGAGGAGAAUGAAGGGCAUGUUCAUUAGUCCCUAA